AUGGCUCUCAGCUUCUUCAGCGGUGGCGGGAGCGCCAGCAGCGCCAAGUAUUUCGACAUCAGACUGAACGACGAAUAUGUUGUCUUCCGCGGUGGUGAGCACGAAGCCGCCAGUGCUCAUUUGCGGGGCACUGUGGUCCUGUGCUUGUCCGAGCCGCUCACCAUUAAACACCUCAAGCUGCAACUGACGGGCAUGUCCAGAGUUUGCUGGAACCACCCGUCCAGUGCAGCAGCCGGUGGCCGUAAGUCAUGGCGCGAACGUGUGUUCUAUGACAAAAAGUGGACAUUCCGCGAGCUAGCCAAGGGAAAGACGGAGGUUCUUCCUGCGGGCAACUAUGAAUACCCAUUUGAUGUGGUGCUGGAGGGCUCUAUGCCCGAGAGCGUCGAAGGUCUUGCCGAAACAUGGGUGAUGUACCGCUUCAAGGCGGAGAUUGGACGCAAAUACGUCAAGGACAUCACCGCGCGCAAACCGCUCCGAAUCAUCCGUACUCUGGAUCCCAGUGCUCUGGAGCUUUCGCAUGCAAUGUCGGUAGAGAACAUCUGGCCCAACAAGAUCGAAUACUCCAUCAGUACCCCGACGAAAGCCAUCGUCUUCGGAACUUCCAUUCACGUCGAGUUUAAGUUGAUUCCCCUGCUCAAGGGUCUUCGGAUCGGUCAAAUUACCUCACAGUUGCUCGAAAGUCACGACCUUACUCUGAAUCCGGAAGAUCCCGACGCCAUUCGCAACACGUACAAGGUCACCAGGACAAUCCUGACCGACGAGCAUCAGUUGGACGAGGACAACAUUGAAAUCAUCGAUGAAUCGGCGGAGGGAUAUCAGUGCACGCGUAUCCUAGAGAUGCCUCAAACAUUGACCCGCUGUCUGCAGGACACAGAUACCAAGGGAAUCAAAGUCCGCCACAAGUUGAAGUUCCGCAUUCAGCUGCACAACCCUGACGGCCACGUUAGUGAGCUCCGGGCCACGCUUCCAGUCUCGAUUUACAUCUCCCCUCACAUCCCCAUUGACGAUAACAACAAUCUUCUCAGGCAAAGCCCCCAGUCUACCCGGAUCGCCGUGGAUGAUUUUGCGCACCAGGCACCCCCGCUUUAUGGAGAGCACAUGUUCGAUCAGCUGUAUAGCGAGGUAGAUCCCAAUGGCUAUCGUACACCAGGCCCUGGUAGUGGCCCAGGCACUCCAUUCACUCCUCUCAGUCGUAACAUAUCGUCUGAGAACCUUGCAUCUAUGAAUGCGCUGACUAGUACUGAUAUCUCGGCUUCGGCACUGCAUCAUCGUCUCGUUAACCUGAACGCAAGCCCUCGCCAGCAUGCAGUCACUCCCGGCGACGCAAUGCAUGGAUCUCAUUCGCCCACCGACGGGCAUAGCAUUCACCGUCAAUUGGGCGUUCCCAAUGAAUACUUUGGGCCGUCUUCCGGAUCGAACUCGCACAGCCAUGGUAGUCCAGAAUUCUCCCGGCGUCCAUCCGACGAGGUGGAUCACGAAGUCCUUCCCUCUGGCAUGGUCACUCCCUUCCACCCCCAGUACGCCGAAGUGGAAAGUCUCAGUCGGGUCCCCAGCUAUUCAACUGCCGUGCGCUGUGCCGUGCGUCCCCACGACUCUGGUCUUCCUGAUUACAAUGCCGUGAUUGCCAGCAGCCUCCCCACUCUGUCAGUCCCGCAGUCCCCUCAGCAGGCUCAUAUUCGUAGCGGCCGUACAAGCGGGGUUGCCACUCCACUAGAGGUGCAGCACCGUCCCGGCUUCUUCCACUCCCGCGGCACCCAUGCUGACGAUGAGGAUCGCAGACUUAGGCUUGCACAAGCUCGCUCCAGAACAUGA